GGGCAAAGUGCAGUAGUUUCCGAAAACAAUUACUUGCGUUGAAGGGGCAAAAUUGUCAAAAGGAUUGUUUUCUUUCUGGCAUAAGGGGAAUUGCCUUGGCUCCCGCCAUAAACAAUCACAUAGAGAAAAUCACUAACACCGAACGAGAUUUGGGGUCACACUCACCCAUUAUCGGAUCAGUCUCUUCAGGAUUUACGACCGCUUAUAUGUCAGGCAUUUGUAUCAAGUUAACUUAAAAGAUUAGCUUUCUCAACUUAUUAGGUUGUUGGUGUGAUACAGAAAGAUAAUUGGCUGUGGAGAUGAAGGCACUAAUUCUUGUUGGAGGUUUUGGUACUAGACUAAGGCCACUGACAUUAAGUGUGCCAAAGCCGCUUGUUGAUUUCGCUAACAAGCCUAUGAUUUUGCAUCAGAUAGAAGCCCUCAAGGCUAUUGGAGUAACCGAAGUAGUCUUGGCAAUUAAUUAUCAGCCAGAGGUAAUGCUGAAUUUUUUGAAAGACUUUGAGACAAAGCUCGGAAUAAAGAUUACAUGUUCACAAGAGACUGAGCCUCUUGGAACUGCAGGUCCACUUGCUUUGGCAAGGGACAAACUAAUAGAUGAUUCUGGCAAGCCAUUUUUCGUUCUUAAUAGUGACGUUAUUAGCGAAUACCCACUGAAGGAGAUGAUCGAAUUUCACAAAUCUCAUGGAGGCGAGGCUUCUAUCAUGGUGACCAAGGUGGACGAGCCUUCCAAAUACGGAGUCGUUGUAAUGGACGAACCCACUGGCCAGGUCGAGAGGUUUGUCGAGAAGCCGAAGCUAUUCGUGGGCAACAAAAUUAACGCUGGAAUUUACCUUCUUAACCCCUCGGUUCUCGACCAUAUCGAGUUACGGCCCACGUCCAUCGAGAAAGAGGUUUUCCCUAAAAUCGCUGCCGAAAAAAAACUGUACGCAAUGGUGCUCCCUGGUUUCUGGAUGGACAUCGGGCAGCCAAGAGACUACAUAACUGGCCUCAGGCUCUACUUGGACUCGUUGAGAAAAAAAUCGGCCCAGAAGUUGGCCUCUGGGGUCCACAUAAUCGGAAAUGUUUUGGUGGACGAGAGUGCGAAAAUCGGGGACGGGUGUUUGAUUGGGCCUGAUGUUGCUAUUGGGCCGGGUUGUGUGGUGGAGUCGGGCGUGAGGCUGUCACGUUGCACGGUUAUGAGGGGAGUCCGCAUAAAGAAGCACGCCUGCGUUUCGAGUAGCAUAAUUGGUUGGCACUCGACUGUUGGCCAGUGGGCCCGCGUGGAGAAUAUGACGAUACUUGGAGAGGAUGUUCAUGUUGGGGAUGAAGUUUAUAGUAAUGGUGGUGUGGUUUUGCCUCACAAGGAGAUUAAGUCGAGCAUCUUGAAGCCGGAGAUAGUUAUGUGAGGUUCGUUGCUGCUACUUUUAUGUUUGUCGAUGUAUUUCGAUCUUUUGUCUCUCUCUCUCUCUCUCUGUGUGUGUGUGUGUUUCUGAAUAUACCUUUGUGCAAAUUGUAAAAUGGAGUCUCUGUUUUGAAUGCUCUGGUGUUUUGGGCUUAUAUAGGAGGCUGUGAUGGGGUGUGUACAAUGUGUAAUGUGCUG